UUCAACUGGUAGCAUUUGUAUCUACUAUUUCUCGGAUCCAAAAUGUCUUUGAAGCCAAUCUCAAGCCCAGUGCCGGUGGUUUGGUACCCUACUUUGGCUGUUUUUAUGCUCGCGAUCGGGUUGAUUGUCACUGCUUCUUUCUUCAUAUAUGAAGCCACAUCUUCGAAGAGAAACCGCAGUCUCGCUAAAGAGCUUACAACAGGAGCAGUAGCGUCAGUCUUCCUGGGAUUUGGAUCCUUGUUCUUGCUUCUUGCUUCUGGUGUCUAUGUUUGAUUCUGCACCUGACCAUGCAUUUUCCUUUCCCCAAACUAUUGAGAUGAUUCAUACAUGAUGGAUAGUUUUGCUUAAGUGAUAUAGCUUUCUUU